CUGACCCUGGAGGAGAUCAUCGGGGUGGGUGGUUUUGGGAAGGUGUACCGUGCCAUGUGGCGAGGGGCGGAGGUGGCGGUGAAGGCUGCGAGGCGGGACCCCGAUGAGGAGGAGGGACAGAUCCUAGAGAGCGUUCGUCAGGAGGCCAAGCUGUUUGCAAUGCUGCACCACCCCAAUAUCAUGGCCCUACUGGGGGUGUGUCUCCAGGAGCCAACACUGUGCCUGGUGAUGGAGUUUGCCCGGGGAGGACCACUGAACCGAGCCCUGUCAGGGAAACGUAUCCCACCAUGCACCCUGGUAGACUGGGCAGUGCAGAUCGCCCGUGCCAUGCACUACCUCCACUGUGAGGCCAUCGUCCCCGUCAUACACAGAGACCUCAAGUCUAGCAACAUCCUGAUCCUGGAGAAGGUCGAGAUGGAGGAUCUGACCAACAAGACCCUGAAGAUCACAGACUUCGGCCUGGCGAGGGAGUGGCACCGUACCACCAAGAUGUCAGCCGCCGGCACCUACGCCUGGAUGGCGCCCGAGGUCAUCCGCUCCUCCACCUUCUCUAAAGGCAGCGACGUCUGGAGCUACGGGGUUCUUCUGUGGGAGCUGCUGACGGGAGAAGUCCCAUUCAGGGGCAUCGAUUGUCUCGCGGUGGCGUAUGGAGUAGCCAUGAAUAAGCUGGCGUUGCCCAUCCCUUCCACCUGCCCAGAGCCCUUCGCCCGUCUUAUGGAAGACUGCUGGAGUCCAGACCCCCACCUACGACCUCUCUUCACCAGUAUCCUGGACCAGCUGACAACUAUAGAGGAAUCGGGCUUCUUCGAGAUGCCAGUCGAGUCCUUCCACUCCCUGCAGGACGACUGGAAGUUGGAGAUUCAGGAGAUGUUCGACCAGCUCAGGGUCAAGGAGAAGGAGCUGAGGUCGUGGGAGGAGGAGCUGAGUCGUGCUGCGCUGCAGCAGAAGAGCCAAGAGGAGGAGCUUAGGAGAAGGGAGCAGGAGCUGGCGGAGAGGGAGAUCCACAUCCUGGAGAGAGAGCUGAACGUUAUCAUCCACCAGCUGUAUCAGGAGAAACCCCGCGUGGAGAGCAGGCAGGGCAAGUUCAGACGCUCACGGCUCAAACUGAAGGACGGGAACAGGAUCAGUCUGCCUUCAGAUUUUCAACACAAGAUCACCGUACAGGCCUCUCCCUCUCAUGAUCGAUGCAGGAGUUUACUGGGUAGUCUCUCCAGCCCUCCCACCAGUCCCCAGGCCCCGUUACUACCACGCCUCAGAGCCAUACAACUCCCCAGGCCCCGUUACUACCACGCCUCAGAGCCAUACAACGUAAACACUGUAUACUAUUUACAUUACCAUGAUCGAUGCAGGAGUUUACUGGGUAGUCUCUCCAGCCCUCCCACCAGUCCCCAGGCCCCGUUACUACCACGCCUCAGAGCCAUACAACUGACUCCUGGAGGUGAGGGGUGUAAAGGUUGGGGCCGGUUGGAUGAGGAGGAAGAGAAGAGAGGCUCCAGGAAGAAAGGCCGUAUCAGGGGCUCACACAGAGAACACAGUGAUGAUGAGAGCAUCAAGGUCCCUCAGGAGGGGAACAGACAGAGGUCCUGCAGCGCCCCAAAUCUCCGCAGGUCACCGAGACACAGCCCUGCCAUACCAGGGGUACCCAGCCUCACUGAGAUGGAGAAUGAAGACUGCUGUUACACCACUGACCCAGGGGCCAACGCAUCCCCCAGCCAAUCCUACCUCUGCAUCCCCUUCCACAAGGAGGGGCCCGUUGUCGAUGGUAACGCAGGAGGAGGCGGGGAGUACUACCCUAGUUACCGUAGCACCCAGGCCCCGGACACACCCCCCAGUAGGAAGAGUCCUGCCGGGCGGGGGAGGUCAGAGCUGGUGCUACUGGGGUGUGGGGCCUUGCUGGCUGCAGUAGGACUGGGCUUCAAUAUGAUGACUCUGGCCCAGCCUGGGACUGGUUCUGGGUCUGGGACUGAGGGGGCUGGGGAAAGCAGCAAGCCACCUCGCUGGGAGGGCUUCUUCCACCGUACAGGGACAGGGGGCCAGAGACGGAGCACCAGUCCCCCCACACGCAAGCUCUUCAGGCGGGGAGGGGACAAGGAGAGCCCCCUGAAGCACUCGGUUGCCCCGGUGACGGAGCGGGUUGGAGGCGGACUGUUUCCGUCCUCUCUCACACUGCUGUCACUGUCGUCUGUGUCGGACUGUAAUUCUACGCGGUCUCUGUUACGAUCUGAUAGUGAGGAACUGUUGGUCUACCGCACUGCCUCUCCCCAGGCCCCUGUUCAGCCUUCUGUUCAGCCUGCUGUCCAGCCCCACACCUCUGUUCACCCACAGCCCCAGCAUGCCUCACUCAACCCCUUGGUCAACACACACCUGGAGAGCUUCAAGCGUCACCCUCGGCAGUCCCUGACCCCGACCCAUCUUCCCUCCGCUCCGUCCUCCUCACGUUGUCUACACCGUACUCCCUCCGACGGAGCCAUCGAGACACGCUGCCCUCCUCCAAACUAUAUCCACCCUUUUCCUUUACCUGUCAGAGCAGCUCUGGAGCCUUCAGAUGGAGGUCUCAGGGGUCUAAGUGACAACGUAUCCCAGGUUCCCCGGUUGCCAGAUCCAAAUCUGGUGUUUCCCCCUACACCGCGCCGCCGCUGCCCUCCUGAACGACCCAAAACCCUGGACUUCCUGGUUAGACCACGUCCCUCGCCACGGGUGCGCUGUGACGUCUUCCUGGGCCAGUCACCUGGACGGGGCAGAGGAGGGGGGCAGGGGAAUGGAGAGUCCCCAGCCCACACCACCAGCACAGACACUCCUCCCACGGUGGAGUUUGGUAGGGACAUGACAGUUCUUCCUACCCCCUUGGAGCCCCCAACACCAUCCCCAAGGAGGGGACACAGUCUGGAGGCCCCGACGCCCUCACCAAGGAGGGGACACCCACUGCUAACCCAUCACAUGGAGCCCAGAGACAUGGAGGUACUAGCCACCCCCAUGGAGCCCCCUUACGCUUGCUCAACCUCCCCGCGGCGGAGGGGGGACAGUCUGCUGGACCAACAGGAUGAAGAACAGUGUCUGGACCCAACCCUCCCACUCUGCAAACCCGAGUCCCAGUUUCCCAAAUGUUCCCCGUACCGCUACCGGCCUGGGUUCUUUUCCUAACCUGGUCCAGUCUGGGUUCUGGUCCUCCUCUAGUCCAACCUGGGUUCUGAUCCUAACUCGGUCCAUCUAGCGCUACCAGCUUGGGUUUUGGUCCUAACCUGGUCCCUCUAGCGCUGUUGGCCUGUGUUCUGGCCCUAACCUGGUCCAGUCUGGGUUCUGGUCCUCCUCUGGUCCAACCUGGGUUCUGAUCCUAACUCGGUCCAUCUAGCGCUACCAGCUUGGGUUUUGGUCCUAACCUGGUCCCUCUUGCGCUAUUGGCCUGUGUUCUGGCCCUAACCUGGUCCAGUCUGGGUUCUGGUCCUCCUCUGGUCCAACCUGGGUUCUGAUCCUAACUCGGUCCAUCUAGCGCUACCAGCUUGGGUUUUGGUCCUAACCUGGUCCCUCUUGCGCUAUUGGCCUGGGUUCUGCUCCUAACCUGGUCCAGUCUGUGUUCUGGCCCUAACCUGUUCCAGCCUGGGUUCUGGUCCUAACCCAGUCUCCGUACUGCUACCAGCCUAACUUUGGAUCCUCUCUUAAAAACACCAACAGAAUCCUUUCCUGGAGUCCUAGAAAUACACCCAGCCCACACUGUUG